AUGUUGUCUCAGUUGAUUCAUGAGCCCCCUUUUGGUUAUAAAUACAGAUACACAACUAAUAAGUACUGCAAGAAGAAAGCCCUGGCAUCCACAACGUUGAAGCCUAAGUGCUGGUACCGAUAUGUUGACGACACCUUCAUCAUCUGGCCCCACGGACGCAACACCGUAGCGUAUUUCCUGGAUCACAUAAAUGGAAUACAUCUAGAUAUCCAGUUAGUUUACCAUGGAAGUGGAGAAAAUGCCGCCCUUCCCUUAUUGGAUGUUUUGGUUGAGAGGAAACCAGAUGGCUCUUUAGACAUCAACGAGAUAAGACACUUUGCCGAGGAACUAGAACACCUACGCACGGCCCUGAGAGGGAAUGGCUACACGGCGAGAAACAUCGAACGAGCUAUCAGGAGGAAACAUUACAUGAAGAAACGGGAGUACUUAGCGACGACGUAUCUACCUUACGUGAAAGGUUGUACAGAUAAAAUCGGACGUCUAUUGAAGAAGAGGAAUAUCAACACAGUAUUCAGCACUGUAAAGAAGGUGGCGGCAGCAUUUCCAAACACCUGCAACAACGACCAGCUCCAGGGCCCCGGUGUGUACAGUAUUCCUUGCUCUUGCGGAAUGGUCUACAUAGGACAAACAAGAAGGCACAUCAAAAGGAGGUUAAAGGAACAUAAAAGUCACCUCCAAAAUAACAACUGGGAAAAAUCGGUAGUUGCAGAGCAUAGGGCGGACACGGGACACACAGUGGAUCGGAAUGAAGCCAACAUGGUGGUGAGGGAGGGAAGAUUUGGCCCCGACUAUACAGAGAAGCAUUAG